AAGUGCGGUUCAUAUGAUGCCAGUGACUCCCGUAAUAAAGUUCCGACGACUUUAAAACAAGUAUUUGGCGGUGCGCGUUGUGAUGUCUACUUAUGUUGUUGCGACGAAACGAAUGUGUAGCAGGAAUUUUUGUUUUGGCGGCAGCGCUAGUGAUACCUCGCAGAAAAUUCUAAGAUGGAAUUCGUGCACAGCUUGUUCAUUGCUACCAUUCUGUUGGGACUCACAGAUGGCCAGAGUGAUCCGGCGGAUUCCUUCAGGACGAAAAAAUACUGCGGAAGCCAUCUUUCGGCGGCAUUGUCAGCUAUCUGUAAGGGCAACUACAAUUCCUUAUACAAAAAACAGGAGGUUUACCAGAAGAAGAGCUAUUGGGACCCCCAGUACUCCUCGGGUAUACCACACGACACCCAUUCCUACCCCUUCCAAUCGCGGUCGCAAGCAACGUCCGUCAUGAGCAACUACCGACGGCGACGCCGGCAAGUCCACGGCGUGUACAACGAAUGCUGCGAGAAGUCUUGCUCCCGCGAAGAACUAUCCGCGUACUGCGCCCCGCCCUACAGGCGGAGGCGGUGA